GAUUUCUUGACUUUCAGUUUCAAGCUUACGCUUUUAGACAAACUCCCAAUCCCCCAAUUUCCCAUCCAUGAUUUCCCCUUUGUCGUUGAAAGAUCACUAUAUCAUUUAUGGUCAGAAUGGUAAUCAUCGAUAAAUCUCGUGUAGAAUCAUUCAUUUCAAUAUUCGUUACUGUUCAUCCCCACGAGACCUCUGCAUUGAUCUCUUCAACCUCCUCAUUUUUCUUUAUAUUGAGUGCGUAUUUCGUGGUCCUUCCGUUACGGGAUGAAGGUGCGAUAUCGCUGGGUUUGGGUAAUCUCCCGAAUCUCUUCGUCGGAUCACUGCUGCUCACCUUGGUUGCUGCGCCCCUUUCCACCCUCGUGUUUUCUCUGCCGAAUCUCUCCAAAGGAAAAGUAUGAAUUGUUUUGGCUUUAUUCUUGAUACACCGGUUUUUUAGCUUCUCUCUUGUUAUAUUCUUUGUUCUAUGGAAUUUUUCUAUACCUGGAAGUUCACCAUUUAAAGCCAAGGAAACGCUUCCAGUGAAAACCAUUUUAAAGGAUAAGAUGAAGGUUGCAGUCGAUGAAACCAUUACAUCUAAUUCAGGUGGCUGGGAAAGCCACGGGUGGUUUUACAUUUCAGUGAGGAUUGCCAUGUUUCUUUGGGUUGCACUUCUUAAUCUUAUAACUAUCUCUUCAACGUGGGCGAGAGUAAUUGAUGUGAUGGAUAGUGAGUCAGGGUCAAGAUUGUUUGGGUUUAUUGGUGCUGGUGCUACGCUAGGUCAGCUCUUUGGUUCACUCUUUGCUACAGGAAUGGCAUGGGUUGGCCCGUAUUUGCUUCUUGUUUCUGCUCUCUUGUUGGAAUUUGCUGCGCAGUCUUCGGUAGGGAUCAACAAGGAUGUUUCCCAGCAUCCAGAAGAAUUGUCUCCCUUAAGAAAAGCUGAUAAUGAUCAUAUAAGUGAGUCUGAUGGAAAGAGUGAAAUGGCUCUACAAGCAUCUUCUCCCAGAACCUCUACUUCCAAAGUAAAACCACAAAUCUGGGUUAUAUUGGAGGGUCUGCAGCUUAUAUUAUCAUCGACCUAUUUAUUACAAGUUGCACUAUUCCUUUGGCUAAGUGCAUUGGUGUCCUCUUUCUUCUACUUCCAGAAAGUGACUGUUAUUGCGAGCACGGUUACAAGUCCUGUUGGUAGAAGGAAAUUGUUUGCACAAAUCAACAGCUUUAUUGCUGUUUUCAUCCUUGGCGGACAACUAACUCUUACGGGGCAUAUCCUCACCAUUGCUGGGGUUACGGCAGCAAUUUGUUCUGCGCCACUCGUUGGGUUUGUAAAUCUGAUUGCUCUAUCUGUAUGGCCAUCAUGGAUAGCAGUUGCCAUAUCAGAAACUCUACGGAAGGUGGUAAUAUACGUUGUCACUAGGCCAGGGAGAGAGCUGUUAUUCACGGUUGUUACACAAGACGAGAAGUACAAAGCAAAGGUAUGCAUAGAUGUAAUCGUCCAAAGGCUUGGAGACGCCACUGCAGCCGGGAUGUACAAGCUCUUGUCAGGCAGUUUAAACGGCAGUGCCUCUACUACCUCCCUUUACGCGUUGCCUGUGUGUUUCAUAUGGUUGGCAACAGCAUUCCUUUUAGGACGACGACAACAACAACUAGCAAAGCUUAGAUCAUCUCAACGAUCGGAAACGUCAUCAAGAUGAUGUUUUACAGGUUCUUGUAGCAAUACAUACACAUCAGAAGCAAGGCAAAAAUAUGGUUGCCAAAUCGUUGGCCAUUGCCAUUGCCAUUGCCAUUGCCAAAUAUAUUAGCUGAUUUAUCAAUUUUCACCUUGAAAUUCAUGUUUUUAUAAACAUGUAAUGAGAUUACGACUUGUAUCUUGGAACUAUGAAAUUUAUAUCAAAAUCGACAAGUUUUAUGGCU